CUCAUGUGUUCUCAUGUAAGCAACAGGUUUGACUCAUAGCUAGAUUAAAUACAAGAUAAAUAAAAUAUCAUCCCAUGUUCCGCAAUGCGUACCGUAAUAUUUCAAAACUUCAUAUUCUCUAACUUACCUCUAUAGUCAGGAUGGCACCUUUAUUAUUAGACCUCAUCGGUCAAUAUCCUGUCCUAACAACUAUUUCGAAAUAUCUCUCCACACUUGACCUAUUUCAUCUUGGCCUGACUUGUCGCCGUUCUCAUGCUUAUAUCCUAUCCUCAGCCAAAGUCUUCGAAGUUCUCCGACGUAACUGUCUUUGCGACGGACGCGGAUUGCUUCGCCGGCAGAAUGUGUGGAAUUACAGUCGGUAUUCAUAUAUAUGGGGUCCAAACGGUAGAAAAAUCCACCAGGAUGAGGAAAUCGAGGUCAAGCUCUUUGCAACUAGAUGCGACGAGGCCGGCGCACUUCCCUGUCUCAAAUGUGGUAUCAACAUCUGCGAAGAGUGCAGGGAGUGUCUACGAGUGCCCUCAAGGACUGGUACACGCCGUCCUCAUCUCAACAAGCCGUGGCAAAACGAGAACCUCAUAUGUCUCUGCGAUGUCUGCGACGCGAGACUCGAAGAGCAGCUUAGCGGGCAGUUCCUCAACGAGCUGUGUGAUUGCGACACAGCCAAGCGUUGGAUCUGCUUGAAAUGUACGAAAGAACAGGACAAGGAAACGGGUGAAUACUAUAAGAAACACACUGUUGCAGAAGUACACGAUUACGACCGUUACCUCGAGGAUUACGAUGCGACCAAGGUCAUGAUGGAUCAUCAAUUUGAUAUUCUAUUUUACUGCACUUGUGGCGCGUUUGUGCCUAAGGAGGCGCGUCCUCGGUGUAUAUGGUGCAAGAGAAAACACCGACCAGAGGGGGAAUGGAGUCGUGAAAUGGAAGAGACGAGCAAUAUGCCGAUUGAUGACGGCUCUUAUCCAAUUUUUGUUCCUAACGCGACGUCAUAUCCAACGUUGGCAUAUAACGGUCCGAUCUACCAGGUCCCUUCUAGAAGCGAUAAGACAUUGUAAAUAAUAGGUAGUUUGGUGCUUAGAUAAGAUAAGACCCUCGGCACCCGAUAAGAUAAUAAUUCUCAGUUCCAACUCCAAAAAGAA